CCGCGGGUGGGAGGGCGAGGACGUCGCCAGCACGCGUGCGCGCUUUCUCGGUGCAGCCAGUCUGUGAGCGUGAGUGGGAGGUGGCAGGCCUCGGUCUCUGGCCUUCUCCACUGACUGAUCCAGCGCAACGUCUCCAGCCAUGAACCGGUUUGGUACCCGGUUAGUGGGAGCCGCGGCGACUCCGUCACCGCCGCCGAAAGCCCGUAGUAAUGAAAACCUCGACAAAAUCGAUAUGUCUCUCGAUGAUAUAAUCAAAUUGAAUCGAAAGGAAGGAAAGAAGCAGAAUUUCCCGCGACUAAAUAGAAGACUCCAGCAAAAUGGUGCCCGGCAAUUCAGGAUGAGAGUACGAUGGGGAAUCCAACAGAAUUCUGGUUUUGGUAAAAAUAGUCUGAGCCGUAGAGGAAGAGCGAUGCCUGGAAAGAAACGUCCUUAUGGAGUUAUCACUGGCCUUGCCGCUAGAAAAGCAACUGGAAUUCGAAAAGGAAUUAGCCCUAUGAAUCGGCCACCUCUAAGUGACAAGAAUAUAGAACGAUAUUUUCCAGCAUUAAGAAGGAAGGCAAACCUUCUGAGACAAAAUGAAGCGCAAAGAAAACCAGUUACAGUUCUUAAGAGACCUAACCAGCUUAAUAGAAAAAAUAACAUUUCAGCCAAUUAUACCAAGAGUGGAAAUAAAUUAAAUCAUCAGAAAGACACUCGUCAAGCAACUUUUCUUUUCAGAAGAGGCCUGAAGGUUCAGGCCCAGUUGAACACAGAACAACUGCUAGAUGAUGUAGUAGCAAAGAGAACUCGUCAAUGGCGGACUUCUACCACAAAUGGAGGAAUUUUGACUGUAUCCAUCGAUAACCCUGGAGCAGUGCAGUGCCCAUUAACUCAGAAACCACGAUUAACUCGUACUGCUGUGCCCUCAUUCUUGACAAAACGGGAGCAGUCUGAUGUAAAGAAAGUUCCUAAAGGUGUCCCCCUACAGUUUGACAUAAAUAGUGUUGGAAAACAGACAGGGAUGACUUUGAAUGAGCGGUUUGGGAUCCUAAAGGAACAAAGAGCCACUCUCACGUUCAACAAAGGAGGAAGCCGCUUUGUUACCGUGGGAUAGAUCCUAUGUCAAAGGGACUUUGGAGUGAUGACUGUUAAAACAGUUGAAUUGCUUGAAGAGUUUGUCACAGAAAUUCAAGAAACUUUAUUUCAAAAUAUUUACAAGGCUAAAUUACUCUUAUUUUUAUUUUUUGAAGUUUUUGUUUUUUUAACGUGUAUAAAUAAUGCCCUGAAAGAGUAACGGGGAAUAUACCUAUCUGUUCUUAAAGAUUUCUUGGUUGGCCCAGAUAAAACAAUUCUCUAUUAGAUUUCAUUGGUUCCUCAUACAGCAGAAGGAUAGAAAUUGAUUAUUUUUAUGAUAGUGGUAUUUAGGAUCUCAUCUCCUUUUGCCCAUUUUUUACACUUUGCCAUGGUAAAUCUUGAUCUUCAGAAAUAAGCGUAGGUCCCUUUGUUGCUGUCACUUAUUCUUUAAAUAGUGUUGAUAUAAGUGUAGGUGACUUUGCCUCAUUAGAGAUAUUUUAAAAAAUUAAAAUUUCACUUUCGGGUUUUAAGAUUUAUGAUAAUAUCUGGAACUUGGCUCAUUUUUCAGAUAGUAUAAGGUUAAUCUUUCAGAGUUGUAAACCUUUAAAGUUGAAAUUUUAACAAGAAAUGUGACCUUAGGCAUUAAUCUCAGUUUAAAAUGUUGCUGUUUGAAGGCUAUAAAUGCUUGUUUUCAAAGUUAUCUAAUAGACCCUUAGAGAGGAGAAGGUCCAAUGUAAAAAAUCUGACAAUUUGUGUAAAUAAAUGAAGAAAGCAUGAGAGGAGGAGGUAGGUUGAAGGCAGGUAACUGAGGUGAAAAAAUUUAAAACCAAGGUCAUAGGUAUACUGUUUGAAUUUAGUGUAAUCUUGAGUCUAGUGUCCACAAAGAAUUCUUUAAAUGAUAACUUUUGAAAAAUUAUAAUAAUUAAAAUGGGUUGAGUCCCUUAGAUAUUUUGAUAGUAAAAUUAAUAGCCAUAAAGUCCUAUACUUCUUAUUUGAAAAGUUAAAUUUUAUAAGCAUUAAAACUUGCUAAAUUAAACAUAACUUGUAUAUAUCACAAAGAAAGAAAAUGCAAAGUGGUAAUAGAGUUAAAUUGUCACCUUGUUUUUUAUACCUUUCAUUCUGACUUUAUUUAAAGUUCAGGCAUUUAUGAUAAGAAAAGAUACACGCCCCCCGACCCCACUCCCUAUACUCUUGAGGGAUAGGAAGAGAGAGUUGUGCCAUGCUAGUGCUAAGAGUCCUCAGAUGGUUGUAUACUACAAGUUAACAAUAUAAUGCCAACAUGCAGCAAAAUAUUCAGCUACAAGUUAGGUCAUUUUGAAGCUUAACUUUUUGGUUUGCUAUAAUGUUAAAACCUCUAAGUAGGUGUUAGCUUCCCUAAAUUGAAUUAUUAGUGUUGAUUUUCCCUGUAUUAAAACAGAACAAAACAUUAAGUUAUUAUCGCUCCUGCCUUGCAUUAUAUACUAGAUUUCCUUGUUGUCUCCCAUGCUCCUUGGGUUACUUGGCUCAUGCUAGCCAUGGAAAGCUAUCAAAAACAUUUUCAUGCUUAUACCAAAGAAUUAAAUCUGAUCCUUAAUAUCUGGUAUUUUGCCAGUAAGUCUACUGAUAAGGAUUUUUGGAGGCCAGUCACACAAUUUGAAAAUAAAUUCUAAUCUCUCCUUAGGCCAAGGACUCAUUGCAAAACAUUUUUGCAAGUAUGAAUGCUUAAAUUUGAUCCAUGAACAAUACAUUUUAGACUGGUUUAGAAUUACUGAUAGCUUAUUUUUAAAGCAAAGGAGAAACAACUGAGCACGAGUUUGCUGUCUGUAGAGCAGUUUGUGACAAUACAUUUCAUUUUUAAUUUUCUUGUUUUAAAUAUUGUACAGAGCUAUUAUUAAUGCAUUUUUUGAAAAACCUUAAAAAAUUUCCCCAAAUAUUGAUAUUAAGUGCAUCAAACAACACAGCAUCUUUGAUAUAUUAAAUUUUUGCUCUUCAUGCAUCUGUAAUUUCAUUUUCUUUUUAAAUAUAAAAUGUUGGUUUUGUUACAACUAAGUUAAAAUUCUUCAGUGCUAACGUGUUGUAUAUAAACAAAAGAAUAUGCUUUGUUGGAGGAAAAUUUCCUUUCUUGGAAUGUGGUUGUAGUCAUCCUUCAGUUCUUAAAGUUUUUCUUUAAAUAGGAUGCAACUUAAAAUUUCCUUUGCAUCAAGGUGUAUGCAAAACAUUGAUGCAGUGCAUCACAAAAUGAAAGUUUGUAUUUAAUGAGGAGAUGCUUUACACUGUACUUUUUGGUGUUUUUUGGAAAAGUUACAUUUAGAUCUAUUCUAAAGCUGUUCAUUUUUAACAAAUAAAAUGUUACAAGUCUCACAUGAUUUAUUCUCA